GUAAGAUUAACAACACUACUGGUCACACAUACAAACUUUUUACAAUCAUUUACCACAAAACAGUUGUUUUCCGAAAUUUCCAGGUUCGCGGUGAAUCAGUAACAGGCACACUUUUGCUCAAUAGAUGAUGUUUAUUGAUUAGAAAAUGCAGAAUAAAUGAGAUUUAUUGAUUACAAUCCCACAAGAGCAAGCAAACAAGUAUCAACAAAUGUCAACGAUGACGCUAGACUUGAGCUUGUCAACCCCAAAAUCCCCACGUUACCAAAACAAAAUGUCCCUUUAGCAAUGAAAAUCGCUUACCGUGACAAGUGAGUGGGAAGCCAGCAACACUCCAGUAAAGCGGCAAAGGGACAAAGCCAGGCGAUCCGUACGUGACCCGCUGGCGGACCUCACGGGUCGCCCGGAAAUGUCCGGUUUUGUAAGGACGCACCCCUCGGAGGUGGAGAGGCCAACUUCCGCCCCCGAGCGGCGCGGCCCCGUCCAAUCACAAACAUUUAAGCUACUUUUGGUUCAGCCCCCUUGGAAAAGGGCUUUUCACAUGGGACAAAUGAGCUGUGCUGCAACAGAUGCCAACAAAUGGUAAAUAUUAUGGGUGCAAAACAAAUUAUCUCUAUGGGACCCAGGCGUGUAACUAUGGGACCCAGGCGUGUAGUAAAACAAUACUAUGGUGCAAAACAAGUUAUCUCGUGAGAUUCUCAAGCGCGUCUCCUAACUAUGGGAACAAGGUGAAAAACAAUAGAAGUUGUUACAAUCCUAUGUCACAGAAGCAAUCAUACAUCACAAAAGCAUAAUGUAAAAUUUUCCCACAUCAACAGUGGUUAAAAGUUUUUUCUGGUAGUUUGUUGUUAAUUUGGCAGUAAACCUUUUUACGGCUGCCGGUAUUUUAAUGUAAAUAAGUUUUUUUCCUACAAUGCAAAGAAGUCAUCAAGGGUCCUUUUGCAGGCACAUAGGUCGGAAAAGUCUUGUUUUACACUGAUUUUCUGCGAUAGACGACCAAUCAAUUUGUACUGGGAGGAUCUGGCAGGAAAUGAUCACUUUGGUAGACUUGAGUCAUGGAUGUUCGCCUAGUUAUUCAUCAGUGCGUCAUACCGCUUCUCAGCAGAAGACCGCUUCCAUGGAAGCCAGAAACGCGUCACUGCAGCAGCUGAUGGCGUGGCGGACUUCCUGGCAAAGAAAUGCUGGAACCGGUGUAUUUGCCUGACUCUGUGUCCGCCUUCUAAACAGACAGCUAAGAUGAGCCUAGUUUUAUUGGGUUUGUCAGCUCCGCACUAAGAGGCGAAUCUCAUCGUUAUUUAUAGCGAGCAGCCCGGCACUUGAGUCUCUCCGUGCGACUCGCCUUAGUCACUUCCUCGGACGGAGUAGCGGAUGUCGCGCCCCUUUUAGAAGCACUCGAAUAGCCAUUAAUAGAGCCGGUGUUGAAACAGAAUGACCGACUAAUGUCACUUUGGUCAGGUUGUCCAUCCGUGCAUGUAUACUGCUCUCAUAUAAAUCCAAAUGAACAUGAAAGUAUAUUCACCAGGCAGGUGCAUUCUCUAACCAUGCUGCAUUAUUGAUAUGAACAAGAAUAGAAGCUGCCAAUGUCAAAGCAGUUUACACAAGCGUUUAUACAAUGUACAUUUGUAGACUCCUUUCUUUCGUGGAUAGUUUUAAGUUAUUGUCCCUUUAAGAUAUUGACUGUUCAAGUGAGGGGCUCGCAGUAAAUGAUCACCGAUUUAGAAAGGUGAUGUGACUAUACAAACAUAAACAUCUAAGUUACAGGUUUCAAAUUCAAGGCCUGUGCCAGAUCCGGCCCAUUAUGUGGCACGCGAAAGCAAAUAAUGUGCAUUGAUUGCAUAUUUCAUGCUUAAACCUAGAACACCUGAGCCUAUUUUGUCCAAAUUUGCAUGCCUGUGAUGUUGCCUUUAUAUUUCGGAGGAAAAAUUAUUCACAAUGGCCUGGUUGGGUCCCUUUUUUCAGGACACCAUAACCUUCAUGUCCAAACUGUUGUUUCCUUCACUGAUCAAUUAUAAUCAACAUUUUGGACCCAAAAAGACCAAAAAAAAAAAAAAAAAAAAUCCCAAAUCUUUUCGUAUAAAAUUGUAAUAUUAAUGUCCCAUUGACGACCAAACAUGCUCAAUGAAAUGUUUUGAAGCGUGAUAAUAUUUAUUCAACUUGUUAGGAUAAACAUUCUACAGAAAAAAAUUAGUCAUAGGUGUUUUUGUCAUUUCUACAUGCUAUGGUCAAAACAGGUUGUAUACAGUAGACCUACAGUGCAAAAUAUUGAAUAUAUAAUAUAUAUGGCGCAAAACACUCAGGUGAUGCCCUCCUGUUCAAAAUUUUUGUUCCCCCAGAAAAUUGAGAUUUUAAGCUUUCCAAUGAUUCACAAGAAUUUUCGCCAGAAAAGCUUCUUUUACGUCAGGCAGCGUACCAUAGUAGCAUGGUACUUUGUGAAUAUACGUAAAAUAAACGUUAACUGUACGUUUUUUUUUUUGCUUUAAACCAAUAAUCAAGACUGUUUUAUGUCCAUAUCAAUGAAGAAUUCAGGGAUUUAAGCAUUUAUUCACAAGAAUUUUCACCAGAAAAGCUGUUUACGCCAGGCGGCCGCUAGCCUCAUUCGCUAACAGUAUAUAACUAUAGUGUAUAACUAUAAUAAAGGGAUAUUCUAUUCUAUAAUGAGUUGUGAUUGUAUAUAGAAUUUAUUAAUUACCUAUUUACAUAUUAUUUAUGAUUGAUUCUGCAUGUUUUCUUCAAGUAUUAAGUUUCUGAUGUUGAGUGAUUUAUUAGCUGUUGAAAACAAAAGUUGCUAUUUUGGUCAAAACCUUAGAGGAUAUGUUAAAUAUUGCUAUUGAUCCUGAAAAUAUAGGUGAUUAUCUCUGCAUCUGGUGAUUUUUGUGCAUCUAGUGUAAAAUCUGAGACUUUUAUAGCCAUUUGAAGUUGUGUUAUACUUAUAUAGAAAAUAAUUAAUCGGGGUUUUAUAAGGGAACGACUUUGAAUUUUUUGAUGCUGCUGCUCAUGGAGACUCAUAUAUGGCUAAGGUAGGUGCCUGUUUUGGUUUUAGGUCGGUAGCAGCUUUGGUUUUGUAAUUAUUUGAAUUGAAGUUUUUGAAAAUAGGCCCCCUACGAAUCGGCCCUGUUUCCCGUGUCAUGUCAAUAGGUUAUGAAGUCUAUGGCCCAUGACAAAAAUGAGUUUGACAACUCUAGAAUAUGAAAUCAAGGAAAAUAGUUUAACUAUUUUUCAGUCUAUUAUAAAAUUGAGCUCAUCUACAUUUUUAUAAGUGAAGACCGUUUACACUUGCUACGUAUUUGCUUUCACGGACCAUAAAAAUGAAUGUGGUGGGUCUGAUCUGGCCCCACCGGCCUUGAUUUUGACAACUGUCUUUUAAGAAUUUAAAUUUCAAGGUCAGGAACACAAGCAAUCCUUGCUGUAAACAAUGAAAGUCAGGGGUGACGUGAUUUAUAGUCUCUGCAUGUUACAGGGAGUAAAAGUAAAUGAUGAAGAAAAGAAGGAGGGAGAACAAGUGACAGGAAAGCAAACACAGUCAGCAUCCAUCCCAUAAUACUCGCCGAAGCCCCAAAGGUCACCUUGUCGUUUGUUUAACGUUGGAUCAAUAUAAGGCAUUAGGCGCUCUUCAAUGGAAUUUGAAGCCGUUUGAGGUGUGAGAUAAACUAAAACGACAUAUCUACGUGUAGGAAAGCAGAACUGUCAUGUGACCUGUACGUCAGGUCGGACAUGGGAUGAUAAUAGAGACAAUGGAAUGACACCAGGCAUGUGUGGGCGACGUCGCCACGGCGGUGUUUCGUGUUCCAGCGGAGCGGAUCACUCCCACGGGGAGACGGCGUCGUUGUGUAUUUUGUAAACACGCGAAUGCUGCUGACGCACAUUUGAAUAUUGAUGAGCCUCCGGGGUUACGAGCAGAGUAGAAAUACUGUUUACUGACCCACUUGGACGUGAACAGUUGUCAUACAGCUUGUGCAAACUGGAACAGAAUAGAAUGUCGUUUAUCAUCAUUUGAUAGGCCGAGAUAUAUAAAUGAAUAUUUUCUAAAGAUAACAUUUAAGUUUGCGAAACCUUAACAUUGACUAAAAACUAAUAUAUUAAGGAAGACCACACAUUUAAUAAGCUUUAAAUCAAAUUACUUAACAGGCUACUGCAGUUCCACAUGGUAUCAUCAGCCAAUCACACUAAUGGAGGAUUUAGAGCCGUACAUUUACUAUUAUAAGGAUUUGUACAUCUUGCCUUGGUCGAUCAGUAGAAAAUAAAGCUUAAUGUUGACCCUUCUGUCCAUGGGGGAAUCUGCCCGGCUAAUGAGGACCACCACAAAUGACCCCGUCAUCUCAUUCUUUGGCAGCGGGUCAAUGGAUCCCACACAGGGGACACGAUUGAAGACGACCUUGCUGCAAGGUUACUCUCCUUCCUGCCAUUGUGUCUGCAGGAGGUGUACUUAAACAUGUGUAUGCGCUUGGUCAAUUUUAACUCAUUUGCUGCCAUUGACAGCGAUAGAGGUCCGUCGCCAACGAUGGUAGCCGAUCUGUUAACUGUGGUUGUGCUUGUGCUACUGUUAGUAUUGUUAAAAUUGUAUUUUUUUUAAUUUAAAUAAAUUAUUUAAAAAAAAAAAAAAAAAGUUAUUUUCAUAGCUGUAUAGUGUUUCUAUUGUUUCAUAUAUAUGAAACUAUCUAUAUAUAUAUAUAUAUAUAUUUUUUUUUUUUUCUGAAAAAAGUAAAACAGAAAAUACCCCAACUUAGUGCUGUGCAUUAUGACAAAAAAUAUCGGCAAAACGAUAGUAAAUUAUGUACUGUCGUAAAUUGCAACCAUCGUCACCAUCAUCAAUUUUAAUCAUAUAUUAAAAAAUACCCUGUACUCAAAACCACAGUCAUAGACUUCACUAUAGGAUGACGGGACACGGUGCUUGGGGCCGAUCUCUAGGGGUCCUAUUUUUAAAAAUUUAAAAUUCAAAUAUUUUCAAAACCAAUGUCCUUAGGCAUAUAUGAGUGAGAUAAAAAAAAAAUCGUUCUCUAACAAAAUCCUCAUUAUUUUUUUAUACAGUAGUAAUGGUAACAAAAUUUAAUAUUGCUAUAAAAUUCGCAAAUUUUAUGCUAGAUGCACAUAACCAAGUGCAGAGACAAUCACCUACAUUUUCUGGAUCAAUAGCAAUAUUUUACAAAUCAUAUAAGUUUUUGCUCAAAAAAGCAACUUUUUUUUUUUUUAAUUUAGUGCAAGUUUUCAACAGCUCAACAACUUAAGGAUGUGAACAAUGUUGACCCUUACGAGCAAGCCAAACACAAAUGGAAUAAAGAUGUCGACAAGCUUCCACCACUACGCGAAAUGGACAUCAUACUGUAUUUAGUGUUUGGUGUAAGUUACUACACUCAUCAGCAAUUCCGAAACUACAAAUCGCUACAAAGCUGCAAACAGUUUUGCUGCGGAUCGGUGCAGGACUUGCACAUUAUGACCGUAGCAAACGGCAACACCAUCCAAUGUGUGCUGUGCUGAGCUGUGAUAGUUAAGUGACAAAUCAAUGCUGUUUUAGAAAACAGAUUUGUUGCAGACAAUGUAGCCUGUGUACAAAUUAUUUGCCACUAUCUCACGGAAACAUGUUACAGCUUUUUCAUUUAGAAAUGACAGGAAUUAUUUCUUAUGGAGACAAUGCACAUGUAUGCAUGCUAGUUGUUUAGCUGUAGCAAUAGCUAACAACAGGCCGACUUAGACUCAGUGGGGUUCCGUCGAGCUGAACAUUCCCCUUUCUAUUCAAUCGGUUGUUGCAAUUCUUUACCGAACAAUAAUUUCCAAUCAUUUUUAAAGAGCGACCUGAGUCGAAAUGCCUCACUGUUUAUGUUUCCCGGAGUUCCGACACCGAACUUCCUGCUUCCAACAUGGCGAUAGGGGCGGAAACCUCGCGAGUGCCACGUCAUACGCUCGAGCCUAAUAUCUCCACCUCUUAAAGGACAAUUUUUGUUCUGAAUGCUCUGCCAUCUCGACCCUGUGCAUCUGUUUUGCAUGUGUGUGUUUGCCGCACAUUCCGGUUCCGGUUUGCUUGUGAAACUACCGGCUCUGAUUGGUGCUUGGGGCCGAUCUGUAGGGUUCCUAUUUUUAAAAACUUGAAAUUCAAAUAUUUUCAAAACCAAUGUCCUUAGGCAUAUAUGAGUGAGAUAAAAAAAAAUUGUUCUCUAACAAAAUCCUGAUUAUUUUUCUAUACAGUAGUAUAACAAAAUUUAAUAUUGCUAUAAAAUUCGCAAAUUUUAUGCUAGAUGCACAUAACCAAAUGCAGAGACAAUCACCUAAAUUUUCUGGAUCAAUAGCAAUAUUUUACAAAUCAUAUAAGUUUUUGCUCAAAAAAGCAACUUUUAAAAAAAAAUUUAGUGCAAGUUUUCAACAGCAAAUAAAUAACUCAAUUUUCACAUCAGAAGCUUAAUACUUGAGGAAACAACAGCAAAAUUUGCACUUUUCUAUAUACAAUCACAACUUAUUUUGGUUGAAUUCCGCUAUUGUGUAGAGAUACAAAAUCCAACAUGGCGUCCGUCACAAAACAAAGAUCUUUUUAAGUAGAAAAUUCUUGCAAAUAAAUGCUUAACUCGCGGAUUUUUUUUAUAGAUAUGAACGUAAAACCGUCUAGUCUUGGUUAAAAGCAAAAAACGGGCAGUUAUCGUUCAUUUUACGUAAAUAUUUCAAGGCAAAGUUACGAUAUUGUUUACUACAACAUGGCAGACGUCAAGAAACAAAGAGCUUUUUAAGUUAAAAAUUUUUGCAAAUAAAUGCUUAAAUCAUGGAAUUUCUAUAGAUAUGAAUGUUAAAACAGUCUAGACUGGUUAAAAGCAAAAAAAAAAAAAAAAAAAAAAACGGACAGUUGUCAUUCAUGUUACGUAAAUAUUUGAAGCUAAAGUUAAGCUAAUUUUUUCUAUUCAUUUCAUUGUAUUCACAACGUUUCAAAGUGCAUGCAUGGUGCGAAAAAUAUGAUAAUUACCUUCAAUCCUUGACCAAAUCACUCUUGAGACACUCCUGCCUGCUUGUAUGCUGUAAAACCUUCGUCCUAUUUUCACCUAAAUCCAGCGUUAGAAAACAGUAUGCAUUUGAGUUUAUCAUAGUAAAUAGUCAAAGCCACCUCAACGCUCUAUGAAUCGGCCCCCUACGGGAAAGCAUGGCACAAAGUCUGUUAGAGUUGUCUUGUCAAUUGAUGGUGGAGUCUGUGCCACACUGCUAAUAGUUCUUAAAUCAAUGAUCUAGAAUGACCAGUAGAUGUCCAUAUACCAGCAAACCAGGGGUUUGAUAAGUCACCACACCACACAAACAUGUGGUGAAUAAAUAAAACUCUUAACUACAUAAUGGAUUGCCAUUGAUGAUAAGACAUCCAAUCCAUUUAAAGUAGGGUUGUCCCGAUCCAGGUUUUUGCACUUCCGAUCCGAUACCGAUAUUGUUUUGCACUUCCGAUCCGAUCCUUACUUGGUUGUCAGACUCAUGUUGAAAAAGGUUUUAGUACUCUUGAUAACAACUAGCCAGCUGAAUUAGGUGAGUUUGAAUAACACACAAUGGUUGGUAACAAACACAAAACAUUAUAAAUAACAAACAGAAAUGGCGUAGUCAGUCAGUAAAACGUGCAAAUAAUAUUGUAAACUGUCUUAAAAAAGCAAAACACACAAACAACCUUAGUGGAAAAUCCCACAAACCCCCCAAGCUAUUAGAUGCUUUUAAUUUUUCGUGCAUUAGUUACAUUACAAAAAUUGUAUAAAAAGCCUCUCAGGUAUCAAGUUAAUAUUUUAAAACAGUAAAUAAAAUACUCAAGUCCCCAUUCUGUAUCAGCAGCUUUAAACUGUAUUCACUUCAUUUAAUUUUGCAAAUCAACUGUUAAAGUUGUUAAAAUUGCUCCCGUUAUUCCAUAAUUUCCCUUCUGUCUACUUUCGACAUGUGAAAGUUUUAAAACUGUUUUGAAGAUAGAUUCAAGUCAUGAUUUUGCCGAUUUAGGAGUAUUUUAGAUAAAAAGUUAAUUAGGUUUGCUUGGAAGGUUCACAACAGCCUACUAGGGAAGUCUCCUGCUUUAAGAUGGCGGCUGUUUACUAACGCAACUAGUUUUCAAUACUUCAAUGUUGCUAACGCCGUCGAGUCUGUCAUCUUGCAUCUAGUUCUAUAUACAUAUGAUAUCUAUUAUCUACAGUAAAACGAUGUUGACGUAUUUUGUUGCGGCUGUCAGCAGCAGUCAGGUAUUCUUGUGUUUUUUAUCCAGCGGGAUGAGUUGAGCUUAAGCCGUGAGUUGAGCAUUGGCAUUACCCGGGUCUAUGACAAGCAUGAUGUUUACUCUCGGGACACAAUGCGGUCUGUCUCUCAUUGCGUCACGAAGACCGCGCUGUGUAUUAGUUCCACUUUACUUGACAUAUUUCAAUAAUCGGAAUUUGGAUGUUUGUGACUCGUUCUCGAAUCUUCCAUGGCCGAAUCGCUCAAGGUUGUAAUGACGGCUGGGCAUGUUGUACCGUGGUUCUAAAUGUUGGAUGGUGCGUCUUUACUCAUGAGAGAUAAUGGCUCGUCAUCCAGAAUGAAUUCUUCGGCAAUGACUCUUGUUAUUCCCUCGGCUUUGGGACUGUCGAGUGCCAGUUUGUCACGCAUAGCAAAAGUUUCUUCCAGUGUUAGUUGCGUAGGACCUUUCUUUUUGUCUUCGGUUUUCUUUACUUCUUAUAUUGUUUGUGGUGGUAUUUCGCUAAAUGCUUGAUUAGGUUGGUUGUAUUAAAACUUCUUACAGCCUUACCACCACGCUUGACUUUAUUGUGGCAUAUGUUGCACUCUGCCUCUUCGUCUUUGUCAUCCUUUAAGGUGAAAUGAUCCCACACAGCUGGCAUUUUUACCGAUAAAGUCUCUCGGUAAACUGUAAUGUAAAUGUAGUGUGUUGAAGGUGUGUCGUAAAAUGCGGACCGGAUUUUAGGGAAACCGAAGCAAAAACUGGAAUGGAUUAUAUAAAUCCGUGCGCUGGAAAACCCAGACCGGACUUUAAAAAAAAAACUGGAUCGGAAUUCUGGAUCGGGAUUUUUCCGUGUUGGCGAUCCGAUCCGAUACCGAUGCGCAUUUUUUGGCCCAUAUCGACGUCCGAUCUGAUCCAAAUAUCGGAUCGGGACAUCUCUAAUUUAACCCUUUAAGGUCUGGGCCUAUUUUGUCUGAUUUUGCAUGCCUUUGAAGUUGCCUUUAUAUUUCAAAGAAAGAAUUGUUUACGAUGGCCUGGUUUGGUCCCUUUUUUUGUGACACCUUGAACUUCAUGUCCAAACUGUUGUUUCCUUCACUGACCAAUUAUAAAUCAUCAUUUUGGGCCCAAAAAGACCAAAAAUUCCAAAAUCGUUUUGUCAAAAGUUUUAAUAUUGAUGUCCAAUUGACAACCAAACAUGCGUAACGAACCGUUUUGAAACUUUGUAAUAUUUAUUCAACAUGUUAGGAUGAACAUUCAACCAAAAAAAUUUAGAAUAAAUAGUCUUAUAUUUGACAAUUCAACAUAAACAACAGGUAUAGCCAUAGGCGUUUUUUGCCUUUAUACAUGCUCUAGUCAAAACAGGUUAUAUACAGCAGACCGAACAGUGAAAAAAUAUAUACCAUCUAACACAAAAAGUGUUUAGAGGCCAUCUCUUUAUGAGUUUAGGUAUUGCGGCCCAUCACCUGAUGAAAACUAUGUACACACAAUCAAGCUUCUUGAACACACAUUUAUAUAGACAAAUUGAGAAGACUGAUUGUGGGGAAAAAAAAAAUAUAUAUAUAACAUUGGAAAAAAAAGUAUUUUCAAAAAUAUUUGCAAUAAACAAGUAAAAAAAUUAUCAGGCAUGCCACUCCGAAAAGCAGUUUCGUCCUGGAAUUAGACACAGGGCGACAUCACACAGCCCACACUUUCAUGGGGUGUCGGUCCUCUUUCCACCCUUCCGCCCUUCCAUUUUCAUUUCACUUUACUUUCAUUGUCACUAUAAAUGUACAUGAAAAAAAGUCAGUAUUUAUGAAAAUAAUAAAGUAUAAAAUAAAAAUAAAUACAGCAAUAAAUAAUAAUGGAAAUCUAUAUGUAUGACAAUAGAAAGAAUACCAUAGCUGAAUAUGUGCUACAUCCCUAAUCUUCAUAUAGAAAGAAGAACACCACAAUUAUAAAUUCCUGCCUUGGAUACACACAGUGCACGUACGACUUUGAUCUGAUAUGCACAUUUUAUUAUUAUAUACACAAACACACACUUAUAUUGCAUCAAAAAUUAACUUUGUCUUGCAAUAUCAAAAGAAACUUUCAAAAGAAACUUCAGCAUAAAAAAAAAAAAAGUGAGUUGGCUUAACUCUGCUCAUCGAUGGCGUCACCCACGUGUUCAAAUCCGUCACUAUCUUCACUCGAGGACUCUUCCGAAGAAGACGAUGAUGAUGAAUUUGGACCAUCCUCUUCCUCAAGUUGAUCAAAAAGCACAAUUGCUUGCGCUAAAUUUAGCUUUCCGUUCAUUCUCAAAGGUCGCUGCUCGAGCCACACGGCCGUCGCUCGCCACCUCGCUGCUUCAGAACACUCCUCCCUCUCGUUCGGUGGAACCUCGCACGGCAGUUAUAUUUAUUUAAAAAACGCAUUUUGUGCUUUCACUGUGACUUCGAAAGGGUUCGUUUGAUUUGUGUUUUUUUCAUGGAGCUUCCGUUUUGAAAAAGGACAAGAAAUGAUGGAAAUAUAGACAUAAACAAAUGAUCAAUGCAGCGUUUUAAUGUUUUUUUGAGAGGACAAUAAAACUAUAAAACUUAAAUGACAAUAUCUCACGUUUUAGUUGGUCGAUUGACUUCAAAUAAUAACGAGAGUAAACCGCAACUUCCGCACUUUAAAACGAGACCAACCAACGGCAUGUGGGUGACGUAAUUAAAACGUGAGGGCGCUUCAAAGACGACGUGCGCUGAGGACGCGCCGGCGCGUCCUUCGACUCUCAAGGGUUAAAGUGGGGGAUAUUGUUAUUGUAUCAUCAUAUUCCAACCCCAAUACAAAUAUACAUUUAUAUAGAUUUCUUUCUCUUACAUUUUACUUGUAGUUUUAUUACGCAAAGGCUGUUGACGAGGCAAAACCAUGUAAAUUUGCUCGUCUUCCGGUUACCUUGAACCUACUACUGUAUGUUACAAAAUGUGUAAUCUUAUGCGCAUAUCUGGAUCAAAAACAGAUCUGUUCCACAGGACACGAAUGACUUGCUUGCAUCUUUUCUUCCUAUCCUUUUCCUCUCCUACGACUCCUACAAUUGGGCUUUUGUUUGAUUUUAAUUAGCUGAAGAGAAGUCAGCUGGAGGCUCAUUAGGAAAUCAAAGUGAGCCAAUAAGCGCCGUGUGCAUUAUUCAAAUUACGUGCGGAUGCUUCGGAAGUCCGUGUCGGGCUCCUUUAAUUAUGAGCUGAACUUUAGCCCACAUCCCUUUCUGGACGCUCUCGGCCGGCCUGCAAUUACCCACCAGAACGUACACACGCAAACACUUGAGGCUUGUUGUGCCCGAGAUGAGUCAUUUAUUGUCAGAUGCCCAGCGGAAAGGUCGGUCUGAGGAGGUCCAAAAUCCUGCGAAAAGCAAAUGCGUGGCGACCCGCUGGUGGGAAAAGCAAAUGAACGAGGUAACCAUGACGCUCAGGCGGUCGAGCUGUCCCUGGCCCACCCAAAAUCCUCACUUGCAACCAACCUGGCAACCCUGCCGCUGUGACCUUUUAAAAGCCAUUGAUCCCCUAACCAAAAAGAAUACCGCAGAGAACUGUUAACCGGAUUUCAUAUCCCAGGUGCACACCUGCUGUCAGAGGCAGAUGCUUUGCUGCAGGCAAAAGAUGAAUGUGAAGUUUACACACUCUAUUGUGGUUGUGAUAAAUGCGGCUGUUUUUGUCCUCAAGUUUGUGUGUCUUCCCGCUGCCAGCUGCUUAUUAGGAUUCCAACAAGUCUCACAUUUCCAUAAUGGAGGUGACUUCAAGAAGAAAGGGAAAAACAACUAGAAACGCCAUGGAAAGACUUGCAAAUUAAUAGAAACUUAUUUGGCUUUUUUGAAAUUUGAAUUGCAAUUUUAGAAGUAAAAGAAAAAGUUUAUUCUGUUUGCUGUCAUGGUGUGUGAUAUACAGUCAACCCCACCUAUUUGCUAUUAACUUUAUAUUUUCUGCGUAAACAUUUCUCAAUAUUUCAAAAAACGUCACAUAUUUCACCUUUAUUUACAGUGGGGCAAAUAAGUAUUAGUCAACCACCAAUUGUGCAAGUUUUCCUACUUGAAAAGAUUAGAGAGCCCUGUAAUUGUCAACAUGGGUAAACCUCAACCAUGAGAGACAGAAUGUGGGGAAAAAAAACAGAAAAUCACAUUGUUUGAUUUAAAAAAAAAAUUAUUUCCAAAUUAGAGUGGAAAAUAAGUUUUUGGUCACCUACAAACAAGCAUGAUUUCUGGCUGUAAAAGAGGUCUAACUUCUUCUAACGAGGUCUAACGCGGUCUAACGGGGCUCCACUCGUUACCUGUAUUACUGGCACCUGUUUUAACUCAUUAUUGGUAUAAAAGACACCUGUCCACAACCUUAGUCAGUCAUACUCCAAACUCCACUAUGCCCAAGACCAAAGAGCUGUCGAAGGACACCAGAGACAAAAUUGUGGACCUGCACCAGGCUGGGAAGACUGAAUCUGCAAUAGGUAAAACGCUUGGUGUAAAGAAAUCAACUGUGGGAGCAAUUAUUAGAAAAUGGCAGACAUACAAGACCACUGAUAAUCUCCCUCGAUUUGGGGCUCGAUGCAAGAUCUCACCCCGUGGCGUCAAAAUGAUAACAAGAACGGUGAGCAAAAAUCCCAGAACCACACGGGGGGACCUAAUGAUUGACCUACAGAGAGCUGGGACCACAGUAACAAAGGCUACUAUCAGUAACACAAUGCGCCGCCAGGGACUCAAAUCCUGCACUGCCAGACGUGUGCACCUGCUGAAGCCAGCACACGCCCAGGCCCAUCUGCGGUUCACUAGAGAGCAUUUGGAUGAACCAGAAGAGGACUGGGAGAAUGUGUUAUGGUCAGAUGUAACCAAAAUAGAACUUUUUGGUAGAAACACAGGUACUCGUGUUUGGAAGAGAAAGAAUACUGAAUUGCAUCCGAAGAACACCAUACCCACUGUGAAGCAUGGUGGUAGAAACAUCAUGCUUUGGGGCUGUUUUUCUGUUUUCCUGGACCAGGACGACUGAUCUGUGUAAAGGAAAGAAUGAAUGGGGCCAUGUAUCGAGAGAUUUUGAGUGAAAAUCUCCUUCCGUCAGCAAGGGCAUUGAAGAUGAGACGUGGCCGGGUCUUUCAGCAAGACAAUGAUCUCAAACACACAGCCAGGGCAAAAAAGGAGUGGCUUCGUAAGAAGCAUUUCAAGGUCCUGGAGUGGCCUAGCCAGUCUCCAGAUCUCAACCCCAUAGAAAAUCUGUGGAGGGAGUACCGUGUUGCCCAACGACAGCCCCAAAACAUCACUGCUCUAGAGGACAUCUGCAUGGAGGAAUGGGCCAAAAUACCAGCAACAGUGUGUGAAAAGCUUGUGAAGAGUUCCAGAAAACAUUUGGCCUCCGUUAUUGCCAAGAAAGGGUACAUAACAAAGUAUUGAGGUGAACUUUUGGUAUUGACCAAAUACUAAUUUUCCACCAUGAUUUGCAAAUAAAUUCUUUCAAAAUCAAACAAUGUGAGUUUCUGUUUUUUUGCCCACAUUCUGUCUCUCAUGGUUGAGGUUUACCCAUGUUGACAAUUACAGGCCUCUCUAAUAUUUUCAAGUGGGAGAACUUGCACAAUUAGUAAUUGACUAAAUACUUAUUUGCCUCACUGUAUGACAUGACACUAUCCUGGGCAUUAAUGACAUUAUGAAUCAUGUCGCUAACUACAUUUAUGUCCAGCUCAGAUCUUUACAUCCAUUCAAAAGUGAGAUGGUGAUUUUAUGCAGAAAUGUGAGAAAUUCCAAAAGGUUCAGAUACUUUUUCAUACCACUGUAAUUAAUCAAUGAUUGCUAAGCGUUUUGACACAUGCCUUUUUUGGUCAUUUUUCCAAAUUUUUAUGAUCUUGGAAUUUCCUCUCAUCUGACUGGUGGGAAAUCAAGCAAUUACUUUGCGUAUCACAAUCAAAUUUCAAAUAUUUUUGCAUUUUUCUUUUAGAAAUCUCAUAAAGAUUACAAUAGGGCGGAAAAAUGGACAUCUUAAAUCUUAAAUUUCCGAACCAAGAGUCUGGUGUCGAAAAAUAACUCACGUUUAAUUCAUUGGAUUAUUCAUCCACCGUUAGAGUGAGGCUGCGUACCACUGGUGGUGCUCAAACCUUAAUUUGAAAACCACUGGAAUAGCAGAUCCUCAGUUGUUUUACUUGACAGAAGGAAACUUAAAAGUUUGUCUUUCUGUAAAAUCACGCAAUUGUGUCGCUCACACUGAACAAAGUGGGUCAAAAGUUCCAAGAGCGAAAAGUGAAGCGCGCCAGGAGUCUCAUGACAUCCACCUGACAGGCCUCCAGUAUCAGCAGCUCCUCCUCUUCCCCGACUCACUGUAGAGUUACUACCAUCCGUGCCCUCACCGGGUUCUUUUUAACAUCCAUCAGCUCCCCUGGCAGCCUCUUACUGUAAUUGGCCGUCUUGCGUUUCCGAUGGGAACGCGGGAUAAUGUGUACGGUCCGUCUGGGUCACGUCGAGGACAUGCGUCGUAAGCUAGUAUCUGCACUCACAUGACGCCAUUAAGAUGUCAUUUUUGCGGGAUGAGGUAGGAAAAAAGAGAGGGGGUGGCGAGCAGGAGGUCUAUGUUUUGCCAAGCCAAACAUUCCACUCAGCUGGAGGUCUGACUGGAGCAGCUUGUUCUCUAAUUAAUACCCGAGGAGGAGGAGGGAAAAGAGAGGGGGCGUUUAGAGAUUUCCAAAAUAAAAGUGCUCAAAAGGCGCCAGUGUUAAUGGCGUGCGGUUUCACAACAGUUUUGGCAAAAACUGCUGAUAUUUCCACUCGUGUGAUAACCAGGAAGUGACUGCCUCCAAACCCCCACACAGAACCCCCCCCCCCCCCCCCCGGCCUUGAGAAUGCCAUGGGACAGGAAAAGGGGGUGGUGGGGGUGGGAAGGCAGGAAAUACUUCUGUCUCCCCAAAGCACAUAUUAAUAAUAGACAUAGGCUUUUUAUAGUCGUUUGUUCCAUUAAUGUUGCCCAGCGUUUCGUUAGAUUAUUCAGUUGAUGCAGGGAUACUUUGAUUACGUCGUUCCACAGCCCAAAAGUCUAUGCUAAAUCCUUAAUAAAUACUGCUGGUUAAGGGUGUAACAGUACAUGUAUUUGUAUUGAACCGUUUCGGUACGUGGUGCUCGGUUCGGAACGGAGGCGUACCGAACGAGUUUCUGACGCAAUGUAACCCUUAAACCUGAGUUAUACUCCCGCGUUGCGGUGACGGCGCAGCGACUACGGCGUCAUUCGACAUUCGAUAGGUCUGCGGUGAAGGAACGCGUUGCUCUGUAAUUCACCGCCAAGCCACUAGAAGAGUGUGGCGUUAUGUUUGUACGGUUUUGGGGCAUGCUUGUUGACUUCCGCUAGUCUAGUUUAACGGAGAAAAAAUAAACAAUGCAAGAUGGAACUCUUGAAAGUAAAUAUUCUGCUCAUCAACAUUGAAUAAAUAUUGAACAUACAAAUGUUGAGGGGCAUGCGACGCAGAAGACGGUUUCGAGGCGGUCUGGCCGACUUUUGAUGCCGCACAGAGAGUUUUAGACUCGGGUAGAGAGAGCUAGCUGUGGCGGCUAGCUUCAAACUGGCGUUGAGCACUGCGUUCAGUCUGCAAAGCCCUCCAGCCCGAUUUGUUUGCUGUGUCCUACAACCAGCCAGUGGGAAGCCAUAGCAGAUUUCUGGCAUCUAUGGAACUUCCCAAACUGCGUUGGGAGCCUUGAUUUUAACAUUAUCAUAAAAAGCACCGAGGCACUCUCAAUCAGUGAUGAUGUAUGGUGUGUGAACGGUCUGUUAUUGAAAAUUAAAGAUCAAAACAACUCUUUUGACACCAAAUCUGUGCUUUAUUCUUCAUAUACUUGAAGUGUGACACGUAAAUAAGUCACAUACUCACAGCAAGCAGAUGUACACAAUAAAUGAUGAAGUGCACCAACCAAAAAUACGACAUAAAGUGAUAAAAAGUUGGCAGUUUUUGGCCGACUGGGUCACCGCUUCGUGUGGCCACUCGAUUCCGAACACACACGUCUCGGUGGUUCUUCCAUUUUUUUUUUUUUUCAAUCGCAGACCUUGCCAUUUGGCAAUCACAAUAAUGUCUUGACGAGACUUGCUCUUCGACGAUACUCCCGUCAGCUUGGUCCAUUUUUGCGUGUAGAAAAUAAUGUUUGAUUAUAUUCUAGAAUGGCGGUGAUUUCGCGCUGAACCGGAAACAACAGUCUGAGCGGACCAAUCACAGUCCGUUUCUGCCACGUCAUACGCGUCUACGCGACGCGAAGGUUAGAAAAUUCGAGAGGAACGCGUUAGGCUACGGCGCAGGGUCGAAACUCGGGUCUUCCUUGACGGCGCAGGUCUGACGCGGAAGUAUAACUCGGCCUUUACCUUUCAAGGCUGUGAGUCGAUCGGGUUACAGUUUCUUUGUGUUGAUUAUAUUUACUCCGUCUUCUUUACUAAAAUUUAGGACCAACACCGUAGGACAGUAUAACCCAGGAACGUGGCGCCGUGAGAACGCAGUGAAACGCGGGCGUUAAAGUCAAUCAGCCAAUGCACACCAGUAGCAGUGUGGCCGCGUGUUAGACGUGUCCCAGAAGCGGAUCAACACGACGCAUGCGAAAAGAAGGUAGUCAAUACUUCUGGCCGGUAGCUAGGAUCAGGCAAACCAGAAGUCACUCAUGUAAAAAUACGGUGGAUCCGGUCGAUUUUCAAACUAAUAUGCAAUCGUAACCCACUUUUUGAGUCCAUUAGAUCUCUUGAGUGGUAGAUCAGGGCACAGUUGACUUGUCUUUGUUGAAUUACUGCUGUCCUCUCUGCUAUAAUAAUCACCAACACGGCCCCGUGUUCAAUACAAAACCCUCCUACCACAACAAAACAAGUAGGAACUAAUAUUCACAUAGGAACUAAAGUUAUACAACAUAAAAUAUACAAUAUAAAUUAAUACUACAUCACAUUUGUAAAAUAUAAAAACGUAAUAAAAUAAAUAAUAGCCCAUUUGAAUAAAAUAAAUUGAAAUGAGCCAAAACACCUGUAUUUAAAUAAUAAGAAUAAUACACAGAUCCUGCUUAGACAAUUAAAUGUAUUAAUUUCUAUGUGGCGCUUUAACUUGAGAAAAUCUACCAAUAAAGCUUUUGAAAACCGUUCAUAAGAAAAAAAAAGAUUCAUUGAGGCAUGUCAUUUGUACAAUACAUGCUAAAAUCUUUUUCAUUGGGAUUGCUUUUCUCUUUUAGCGCAGGACUUUUUUCUUCUUUCUUUCAGAAAGAAAGCUGACCAAUACACGGGGUCUGAAAGGCAAAUUGUUGUUGGAUUAUCUUUAAAUACCCGCUACUUUUUGAGCAGAAUUCUAGCUUGUACAUGCUAAUGUUCCUAUUGUUGAAAGCACAAAGGUGUGUAAUAAACAACUAGCACAUUUAUAUUUUGCAUUUUGUUGUCUUACUGUACCGAAAAUGAACCGAACCGUGACCUCAAAACCGAGGUACGUACCGAACCGAGAUUUUUGUGUACCGUUACUCCCCUACUGCUGGUACUUUUACAAAUAGCAAUUACACAAAGCAACAAAUAACAAAUAAAUCACAACUACAAAUCAUAAUAACAAUAAUAAUGUAACGAAUUGGGUUCUAAUGUGGCGGUAGUGUUUUACAUGCUGUUCCUGAAUGCACCGUGUGACUGACGAGAGAGUGAGAGUGUUUUUACUUUUUCUCCAUGGCGUUAUUGGCGUCGGCUAUGGUGGACAGUAGUCGUGCUUUGUUGGACAAUAGGGGUGUGACAAAAUAUCGAAAUGGUGAUAUAUCGUGAUACUUUGUAUCCCCAAAGGUUAUCGAUAUGCUUCUGCCAAGAAUCGAGAUAUCGUUUUAAAAAGGUGUCAGUGUCUAAAAAAAAAUAGAUAAAAAGAAACCAACAAGUUGCUACCAAAAUCUUCCACCAUAAUAGUGUCUCAUUUAACUCAGUUAACUCGUUGACGGUGCUCGACGCCCAUUCCAUUUAGACUAGAAACGUUCGUUCAUUCAAAACUAGAGCAUUCAGUCAUUCUGUCUGAUUUUCAGGGCAUUUACAGGUCACUUGCUGUUCAUUUUAGGGCAUUUACAGGUCAUUUCCUGUUGAGUCUGAGUCACUGCCUAUUUAUUUGGGUGAUUCCCAGGUCACUUCCUGUUAUGUAACUCAAAAUAAACAGGAAGUGACCCAUAAAAUACCCCAAAUUCAACAGGAAGUAACUGAAAAUCAACAGUUAAAUGACCUUAAAUGGCCCAAAAUUACCUCAUUGCCUGGCAUUGGCUACUAUCAUAAGUUCUCUUCAACUGUGAGGGACGGAAUAUACUACAAAAAUCCAGAAAAUCACAUUGUAUAAUUUUUAAAUAAUAAAUUUGUAUUUAACUGCAUGAAAUAAGUAUUUGAUACUUUACCAACUAGUAAAUAUUUCGGCUCUUACUUCUUUUUUAAAAACCCCUCCUGUUCUCCACUCAUUAUCGGAAGUAACUGCACCUGUUUGAACUUGUUACCUGUAUAAAAGACACCUGUUCACAUGCUCAAACAAACAAACUCCAACCUCUCCACAAUGGCCAAGACCAAAGACCUGUGUAAGGACAUCAGGGAUGAAAUAAUAGACCUGCACAAGGCUGGGAUGGGCUACAGGAAAAUAAGCAAGCAGCUUGGGAGAAGGUAACAACUGUUGGAGCGAUUAUUAGAAAAUGGAAGAAGUUCAAGUUGACGGUCAAUCUGCCUCGUUCUGGGGCUCCAUGCAAGAUCUCACCUCGUGGGGCAUCACUGGUCAUGAGGAAGGUGAGGGAUCAGCCAGAACUACACGGCAGGACCUGGUCAAUGACCUGAAGAGAGCUGGAAUCACAGUCUCGAAGAAAACCAUCGGAAACACAUUACGCCGUCAUGGAUUAAAAUCCUACAGCGCACGCAAGCUCCCGCUGCUGAAGCCAGUGCAUGUCCAGACACGUCUGAAGUUUGCCACUGACCAUCUGGAUGAUCCAGAGGAGCAAUGGGAGAAGGUCAUGUGGUCGGAUGAGACCAAAAUUGAACUUUUUGGUCUAAACUCGGCUCGUCGUGUUUGGAGGAAAAAGAAGGAUGAGUACAACCCCAAGAACACCAUCCCAACCGUGAAACAUAGAGGAGGAAACAUCCUUUUUUGGGGCUGCUUCUCUGCCAAGGGUACAGGACGACCGCAUCGUAUUGAGGGGAGGAUGGAUGGGGCUAUGUAUCGCCCGAUCUUGCCUGACAACCUCCUUUCUUCAGUGAGAGCCCUGAAGAUGGGUCGUGGCUGGGUCGUCCAGCAUGACAACAACCCAAAGCACACAGCCAAGUCAACUAAAGAGUGGCUCCGUAAGAAGCAUCUUAAGGUCCUGGAGUGGCCUAGCCAGUCACCAGAUCUGAACCCAAUAGAAAAUCUAUGGAGGGAGCUGAAAGUCCGUGUUGCCCGGCAGCAGCCCUGAAGGCUCUGGAGAAGAUCUGCAUGGAGGAGUGGGCCAAAAUCCCUGCUGCAGUGUGUGCAAACCUUGUCAAGGACUACAGGAAACGUUUGGUAUCUGUAAUAGCAAACAAAGGUUUCUGUACCAAAUAUUAAGUUCGAUUUUUGUGAUGUAUCAAAUACUUAUUUCAUGCAAUUAAAUGCAAAUUUAUUAUUUAAAAAUCAUACAACGUGAUUUUCUGUUUUUUUUGUAUUGAUUCCGUCCCUCACAGUUGAAGAGAACUUAUGAUACAAAUUACAGACCUCUACAUGCUUUGCAAGUGGGAAAACCAGCAAUAUCGGCAGUGUAUCAAAUACUUGUUCUCCCCACAGUAUAUGUAUAUAAAUUGAAGGAUUUCGGCCUCCCCGCCAAGCCGCGGAAACAGCGCCAGCCAAACGAAAUAGCGUUCCGCUGGCACCGCUCCUGCAAACCAACCGGUGGGGGCCAAGAUUCUGCGCGUUCACUCCCAUGUUAACCCUUUGUACUGACUCCAUGUUCCAAAAGUUUGAAGUCUCACGAAAAACAGGUUGACAAUUUAUUCGUCGACAAUGGUCAAAAACAAGGCAAAAACAGACGACGGAGAGACCCUGCUGGAUCCAGGGUCGGCAAAACAAGGCUACAUAGAAAUGUUCCUGAGCAGCGGCAGUUGUUACCUAAAUGUUCAGUUCUUUUUGAAAGCUGUGUUGGAGUGGGCCGGGCCGAAGGCGUGGCUGGGUGUUGUCUUGGGAUCAUCCCUCUUUGGCAGGUCAGGUUCGUGCGUCAUCCUUCGUGGCUGGGACGUGGUUGCCACGACCACCGACGCAGGUCUUGACGUCCAAGGUGCCCGUGCUAUCAUCUUGUUAUCCUGGUUGGGCGAGGGCGUUGUUCUCCGAUGCUACUUGUUUUAGGACAGAGCGCCCUGCUUUGUCCUGGAGUGCCCUGCAGAACUGAUUGCAAGAGUUGGUGUGUCAAUCUUGCUCAUGACGCAUUGGGCUUCUGUGAUGGCGUUGUGUAUCUUUUAUGCCCUCUAUUCUGCUUCUUUUCAUUAAACUAUGGUGUAAGUCAUGGGCGCUCAUUACGUCGAUCGCGAUCUACCAGUCGAUCGCAAAGGUAGUAUGGGUAGAUCGCAUGACAUUAAAAAAAUUAGAUGGUAGUAUGGGUAGAUCGCAUGACAUUAAAAAAUAGACGUCAGCCUAUCAUCCAUUCCGUUACUUGAUAUACAGGGAAGCUAGUCAGAUGACACCUGUUUUAUGUGACACAUAGGUCACCACGCAUGCACAAACAACGGUGCUACGUGCAGCACAGCUAACAAGCUAGCGAGUUGGUUACCUCCAGUUUUAAGCCCUCGUUUUAUUCUCCUGAACUCAACAAAGGGUAUAAACAUGAGUGGGGGAGCUGGACCAAGUAAGAAGACAAAAACGUAUCACUUUCAUACAGAAUGGGAGGAGGAGUUUUUUUUCACGAUGACAUUUUCGAAGUGCGUUUGCCUCAUCUGCCAGUCUAGCAUCGCAAUACCGAAGAAGGGAAAUGAGGAGCGCCAUUUUCGGAGUGUUCAUGGAAAAUAUGAUACCGACUUCCCGCCGAAAAGCGAGCUGAGGAAGAGAAAGGUGAAGGAAUUAAAAUGCCAGUUGUCCGGACAGCAGUCAUUUUUCACACAACCUACUUCAAAAGCGAAAGCCGCCACCGAAGCAUCGUUCCGGGUGAGUCAUGUCAUCGUUAAUAACAAGAAAUCCUUCCAAGACGGAGAAAUGGUAAAGGAGGCAUUCGUUGAAGCAGCUGACUCAUUGUUUCGAGACUUUAAAAACAAGACAGAAAUCGUAUCUUCGAUCAAAGCUCUCCAGCUGUCAAGGCCUACAGUUACAUGGCGCUGUGAAGCAAUGGCGGAGGAUUUGACCGGGCAACUUUGGAAAGACAUCGCAGACUGUGAGUGUUUCUCAUUGCAGUUGGACGAGUCUACGGACGUGGGUGACACAGCACAGAUGUGCAUUUUCAUUCGUAUGGUGUUUUCUGAUAUCACUGCAAAAGAGGAGCUAUUAACAGUACUGUCCAUGAAAGAACAGACGCGAGGAGAGGACAUAUUUCAGUCGUUCAAAAACUUUAUUGAUAAAACCCAGCUCCCAGUGUACAAAUUGAUGUCUAUCACCACAGAUGGCGCACCUGCAAUGGUUGGCCGCUUGAAUGGAUUUAUUGCCAAGUGCAGGCAGGACGAUGCUUUCCCGGACUUCUUGAAUUACCAUUGCAUAAUCCACCAACAAGCGUUAUGCGCUAAAAUUCUCAACAUGAAAGAGAUUAUGGAUGUGACAACGAAAAUCGCCUGCUCUAUUCGCGCCAGGGCUCUUCAAAGACGUUUAUUCCGUGCACAUAUGGAGAAGGCUGACUGUGACCACUCUGAGUUGUUGCUGCACACUGACGUCAGAUGGCUUAGUCGAGGCAAAUUCCUGCAAAGAUUUCGAGAGCUCUGUCCUGAGAUUAAGGAGUUUUUCCGUGAAGCUGGACAUGCAGAAUACAAGCAACUAAGUGACGUUCAGUGGCUGUUAGACUUGGCAUUUUUAACCGAUUUGACAAACAUGUUGAAUGACCUCAAUCUAGAGCUGCAAGGGAAAGACAAAACAGUGAUCAAUAUGAUCAGCUCAGUUAAUGCUUUCAAAUGAAAGAUGGGACAUCUCUCCACAAAGCUGCAGCGCCACGAUUUGGCAAACUUCAAGAAUUUGGCGUCAGAGCUGGAGAUGCAAGGGAAGGCCUGUGUGCAACUUAAUAGUGCACGUUACACAGAGCAGAUUGACAAUAUUCUGUCAGAGUUUGACAAACGCUUUCAAGACUUUUCUUUGCUCGAGCCAGUCGCUACAUUCAUGUGCUAUCCUUUUCGAGAUGAUGCUGAGGUGGAUUCACUCGCAUCAAAAAUUGCAACACUGUUUCACCUGAAGUCUUCUGGAGUGGAGGAUGAGAUUUUGACACUGCAAGCAGACAUUGAGCUGAAGUCCAGAGCUCAUGGACAGUUCUGGAACUUACUCACAGAGGUAAAGUACCCCAACAUGAGGAAAUGUGCUACCUUCUUGACUGCAUUAUUCGGCUCCACAUAUUUAUGUGAGUCAGCCUUUUCUCACAUGAAGAUCAUUAAGUCCAAGUACCGCUCCACCAUGACUGACGAUCAUUUGGAAGUGUGCUUGAGGCUGGCUGUCAGCAGCUACUGUCCAGACUACGCAUCCCUGGCUGAUUCAAUUCAGUGCAAGUCAUCAGAGUAAACUCGGGUAAUGACAAAAAAUGUGCAUAGUUAAUUGUGUUGUGCAAUAUUGGCUCAUGCGGUUAUGCAAGUUACAUCGACAUACAUUGUACAAAAAAAUCCUCAAUAUAUUUAUAAAUAAAUUUGCAUUUUUGUAAUAGGUAGAUCAUUUUGCCUUGGUCAUUUUAUAAGUAGCUCGCAUGCUGAAAAAGUGUGAGCACCCCUGGUGUAAGUGCUAUUUAUUUUAUAUUAGGUGUGUUAAAGUAAUGCAAACAGUUAUAU